AUGAGAGACUCAUAUUGUGACCUAUAUGAUAAUUAUGAGGAAGUUAAGGCCGAUGCCAUGAUGCAAGCAAAAGAGAUUCAAGCUAAUCUAGCACCUGAAUUCCCUUGCGUUAUAAAGUAUAUGGUGCCCUCAAAUGUUUCUGGAGAAUUUUGUCUCAAUCUUGGGAGGAAAUUUUGUCAUGCACAUUUGCAAGAGGAGGAUACAGCAAUCUUUUACGAAAGCGAAGGUGGAAAAAGUUAUCCAACAAAAUAUCUUGCUUCCAAGGCAGGCCUUAGUGGUGGAUGGAGAUGUUUCGCCAUUGAUUGCAACUUAAAGGAGGGACAUGUCUAUAUUGUGAGAGCAAAUGGUUCAAUAAAAGUAGAUGGUGCUCUUGGCCUUCUGAAAUCGGAAGCUUGUGUUAAACAAAUGAAAUCUAAGAAUCUGAGCAAGGCAAGAGAAGGAAUGAAAGAUCAGGAUUUGGAACGCUUAUUGGACAAUCCUGGAGAAAACAUUGAAAAGAAUGACGUGAUAACCUGUGUUACUGACCUUGGGCCUAGAUUAGAUCAUUCUGAUUUAGAUCAUUCUGAAAAUGAAAGUGAGGAUCUUGGUUUUGAAAUCACAGAUGGAAUCAGAUUGUCCAAAUCUGUUUUUGAUUUUAAAGAAGUGAAAAGCUUUGAGGAUUUCGACAUUCUUGUAGAUGGUUUAGUUAUAAACUGUGAGCUCUCCAAAUGCCUCCAAGUCAAGUAUUACGAGCUUUGCUGCAGUCAAAAAUCAUUUCUCCACGAGCACCUUCUUCAUGGCCUUAAUUGUAAAUUGGUUGCUGGAAUACUUGCAGAGACUAUUAACAUUGCAGAUGCCAUUAGAGCUUCGAAGGUUACUACCUCUCGGAAUAAUUUUGCAACUUGGGAGAAGACUUUGAAAUCUCUUCUGGGCUUAGGAAUGAAUGUUGGCUUCUUGCUUGCUAGGUUGGGACGGCUUGUCACCUUAUCUGAUAAAUCAAAGAGGUGCGAGGAAGCCAGACUUGAAAGAAUCAAGGCCGAAAUGGAGAGGAGAAGUCUUGAGGCAAAGCUUUGGGAAGUGAAAGAGAAUAUAAAUAGACUGGAUUUUGAGAUUGAAACAUUGGAGAUGAAUUCUGAGAACCUUGGGCGUGUGUUUGAUAAAAUGGCUAAAGCCCCAUGGUAA